AGCCGAUAAGGCGAUCGCGGUUGCCGGCGUAUAUGCGAACGUAGAAUCUUCGCUGCAAAGGAUGGUGGGAGUUUGAGUUCUCGCACGAUACACCAUACGGUAGCUCCUGGAAAUGCCAGGACAGCCAUGUCAGUGACUAUUUGUGUUUGCUUCCAGAUGUCGCACUUGAUGUUUGACUGGAUUUGAAGCUUGUGACGAAGGCACUGAAAAGACUUAAAGAUGCAGAUAAACCAUUGGGGUGCAAAGUUUCAGGCACCAGUUAAGUUUGAAGAAAUAGCAGUGUAUUUCUCCGAGGAGGAGUGGGGGUGUCUGGCAGAGUGGCAGAAACUGCUUUACGCCAAUGUGAUGCUGGACAACUACGAGACCCUGUGCUAUCUGGGUUUCAUCCAUGAGAUCCCAGACAUCAUAACCAAGAUUUGGCAGGGCCGGGAUCUUUAUGAACUGCCUUUAAAUACAAGUCAUGGAUCCAUCAGGAUUAAGGAAGAACUGCACCAUCCUUUGUACCUGGAAGAUUUGGCCAAUCAGCAGAGCAGUAUUCAUACACAAUACUGGCAGAUAGAGGGAGUGACCUGCAGGAAACGUUACUGUUCACCUGAGCAACUGCCUGCAUAUCCAAGAGAAAACAGAACUCAGGUUGUGUCUUUGCGCAAUAAAACAUGCAGUGAUAGUCGUGCAACAGCCAAUCAAGUAUAUGGGAAUAUUGGAUCAGACCAGGAGGCAUGGAAUGAAGGGAUCAAUAAAAAGGCUGAAUGCAUGGCUGGGCUAAACUCCCACACAACUGAGAAAUACUACACAUGUACUGAAUGUGGAAAGGGCUUUAACCGUAGCUCCCAUCUUUUAAGGCACAAAAGGAUCCACAUAGGAGAGAGACCCUACUUCUGCGGUAAAUGCGGAAAGAGUUUCAUUGACAGUUCCCAGCUUGUCAUACAUAAGAGAACCCACACAGGGGAAAAACCAUAUGCUUGCAGUGACUGCGAGAAAAGCUUUAUCUGUAAGUUGCACCUUGUUAGGCACCAGCGGUCCCACACUGGGGAGAGGCCGUACGUCUGCAGUAAAUGUGGCAAAGGCUUUGCGCAGAGUUCAAAUCUUUUAACUCACUUGAGAACUCAUACAGGGGAGAAGCCAUAUUCCUGUGCUCAGUGUGGGAAGAGCUUUAUCCGCAGGUCACAUGUGAUACGGCAUCAGCGCAUACACACUGGGGAGGGUCCUUAUGGCUGCACUGAAUGCGGCAAGAGCUUCACAGAAAGCUCAGCUCUUCUUAAACACCAGAGAACCCAUACAGGGGAGAAACCAUAUGCGUGCACUCAGUGUCCAAAGAGCUUUAUGGACAAGUCCGCCCUCGCAAAUCACCAGAGAACACACACUGGGGAGAGACCUUAUCCAUGCAGGGACUGUGGGAAAAGUUUCUCUCACAGUUCAGCCCUUGUGAAGCAUCAGAGAAUCCACACUGGAGAAAAGCCAUACGCCUGCGGCAAAUGUGAAAAGAGUUUCUCCCAGACGUCGGCUCUUGUAAACCAUCAGAGAACCCAUACUGGGGAGAAACCCUUUGCUUGCACGGACUGUGGCAAGUGUUUCACUCAGACUUCCUCUCUUGUGAAGCAUCAGAGAACUCACACUGGGGAGAGACCGUAUACUUGCAGCGAGUGUGGGAAAAGCUUCACUUACAGCUCAGUACUUGUCAAGCACCAGAGAACCCACAAAAAAGAGUGGUUGGGUACCUAGGGCUGUCACAUCUACUGUAUAACUUUAGCUUCAUUAUUCAUUAAAUGUAGCCAUUCGUGUGUUAAACCCAAAA